CGCCCUUUAAACGGAAGGUGGCGUACCAAAAUAAUUUUCUUUGGGAGGAUCCGAACUAUUAGUCCUUUUGUAGCCUGUAAGCAGGAGCUGGCUUUCGGUAUCUUCUUGCCCAUUUGACCAAGACAAAACCAGACAGAGAACAGGAUGAAUACAGGGAUAAUGGCAUAUGACAGACUGGACAAAGUGGGUAAAGAAGAUUACAUUCUGAACCUUACUGAACGGCUCAUCCUGACCAUCACCAGAGGUGACUACCAGGGAUACACCGAGUUGACUGACCCAAAUCUGACAUGCUUUGAACCAGAAGCAUUCAGCAAUCUUGUCGCUGGGAUGGACUUCCAUAAGUUUUAUUUUGAUAAUCAUGUAAUAUCUAAACCACAUCCUGGGUAUGCCAUCAAAACGCACCUCUUGAAUCCGAAAGUUCACAUGCUUGGUGAGAAUGCAGCAUGUAUUGCGUAUGUCAGGGUGACGCAGUACGUGGACAAGGAUCGUAAGACUAAGAGUAUGCAGUCAGAGGAAACACGAGUUUGGCAUCGGAUUAACAAUCGAUGGAUGAGUGUUCACUUUCAUCGCUCUGGUGCCACGUCGGCCCCACAAUGGUAACCAGUUUACCAGUUUAGAGAGAUGGUGGCACCAGUAUCAUGAUUGCAAAAAAUGGCAUUUAACAAGUUUGCUUCAAUGGUUAGCCUAAGCAAUGUUAGUAUUCUAUAGAUAACGCUGAUUGAUGCACUAAAUAUGUGUGUUUUAAAACAUUUGAUAUUUUAAUAUUAUCAAAAUAGUCCACAACUUAACAGCACAAAUUAGUGUAGAAUGUUCAUUUUUGUAGUAGUAUAUACUCAUAGAUACUUGAGAAGGGGGUAUAUAUUCUAUCUUGAUGGCUAGACCGUCACGUGGCUAAUGAAUCCAAAAUGAUCUGUGUAUUGGUUUCAUUUUAGUGUGGAAUAAACAAAACUUUCUGUUCCUACUGUAGAGUGGACCUUGCUGAAUGGACACCUCUACCAGCCGGACAGCCUCUGCAGCUGGUCGAUAACUUGACAUUCUACCUAAUUCUACCUCUCUGUAAGGGAUAGGACUGUCUGACACAGAGGUGUCCUUCGAGGUUCCAGUGCAGGUUUAUAAAGAGUUGAUUAAAAGGUCCAUGAUAGAAUCAUUGAGGAAAUAUAUUUUGUUGUAAUAUACAAGACGAUAUGGACAGCUAAUCUAUAAUGAUGGGUAUAAUAAUGUUAAUGGGAUGAAUUGUGAAAUUACCACUAAUAGAUCGAUGCAACAGGUGUGGUUUAUGGUUCUAACCAAUUUGUGACCAGAACAAUCUAUUGUAUGUGAUCAACAGUAAUGCAGUAAGUUAUUUCAUAGUUCCUGUCAUAAGAUGUAGAUUUCACUGAAUGUAAUUGUUUUUGCAUAUGCACAUGUACAAUGUAUAUAUUUGCUCAAGUGAUGUUAUGUAACCAGGUAAAGGUGAUGUAUAGAUUUUAGUGAAAAUACAAUGUAUUUUUCUUAUCGAAA